UAUUUUUUUUUUAAAUUUUCCUCAACCUCCUUCUUCCUUUUUCCCUCCUCCGACAUAUUGCCGCCCAUCGCCGCCGUCUGCGUUUCACUCUUCCCCAUUCGUCUCGUCUCCUUCUGAAGCAUUGUAUAUGUGUAUGGAUUUUCUUUCAUAAAUGCGUUCAUACGAAACGAAGCGAUGAUAUACACUUUUCUGAGGAUCGUGGUGUUUUGUUAUUUGCAGGUAUACGCAAUUUCCCUCUGUCAUUUUUGUCUCUGCCGAGCUGAUCUUUCUGCUCCAUUUUCUUCCUCUCUCUUACUUUUCAGCCUCUCUCUCUCUCUCUCGCAUGCAUUUGAAUCAAUCCGUAUUCUUCCUUUUUCUGUCUUUCAUUCUUGUCCUUCUUCUUCCUCCGCCAUAACUGCUACUUCUCUUGCACCGCAGCACGUUUCGUUUUCCUUCCAUUUCUACGGAUUACUGUCUUCGCUUUUUCCUGGUUUUUCAUUUUCCUUGAGAAUUGUACCGGCGGUUCCUCUUUUUCUCCUACGCCUUCUGAAUUCCACCUCCUGCUUGUCGCAUCAUUAAAAUCGCCUACGCCUACCUGUGGGGUAACUGCUAACGACAGUCUCAGACUCUGACCACCUUUCAGCCUGCUUUUUAAUUUCUUCUCAUCGUAUUAAUCUUCCGACUCCGACUCGUUCCAUCCCUCAGAUUUCUUUCCAGGUCUAUAGAAUUCCUAUUAUAAAUGAUGAAAGAUUUGUCUACUACCAGGCGAGUAUCGGUGAUUUUCACUUCGGUUUUCUUCAUCUUCUUUUUGGUAUCUGCCAUUCUUACAGAUCUGGAUAUUAUUCAUUCCUUUAUGGAACCGAGUCCGCCUAGUUUUCUUCGGAUGGAUUUGAAGAGCGCAAUAGGUGCCCCUCAUCGCAAGCUUCUCCUGACGAGAGAAGCAACAAUUGAGGAACCAACCAGAAUUUGGGGUGAAAAGUGCACAAAAUCAGACAUAGUGAUUAACCAAGGCCCCACAGCUCCACUUCCAACUGGUAUCCCCACCUACACUGUUGAAGUGGUGAACGCUUGUGUCACUGGUUGUGAUAUCUAUGGAAUUCACUUCAAAUGCGGCUGGUUCAGCUCAGCUCAUCUCAUCAACCCCAGAGUCUUCAAGCGCCUUCAUUACGAUGACUGCCUCGUGAAUGACGGCAAGCCUCUUGUCUACGGCGGUACACUCUCUUUUCAGUAUGCAAACACUUACCCUUACCCGCUUUCAGUCUCCUCAGUUGUCUGCAAACUGAAAUGACACGGUCCAAAGCAACUAGGAGACGCUCAUAUGAAGCACUUGAAGCACUUGAAGCAGCAGCACAGCAGCAGGUACUUUAGUCUAUUACUGAUUGACGAUGGCCCCCCAACCUGCCUUUUCUUUUCCUUUUCAUUUUUUGGGUUCUGCUUUUGCUUUAUAUGCGUGUGGAUUAUGGGGAUUUGUUGUUUUCUUUUUCUGUUCCUAUGAUUUUUCGUUGGGUUCAAGUGAGGUCGGAUUUUUAGUGUUAGCUUGAGGUUGGAAAGGGAGGAGUUGUGGAUUAAUAAUGGUCAUGACACCAACUUUGCAUAUACAUAGAUGGAGGAUAGGGAAGAGUUGCUAGGAACGUACUUCAUUUUAAUAUUCUUUUGGGGAUAAGUGAGAUGGGCAUCGAGGGCAGGAAGGCCAAGUGUAUACAUAUAUAGUUAGUUAUAUACAACUGAUAGUACUGUGUUCGUGUGACAAAGUUCAGGAGAUUUAAAAGCCAUUAUGUGCAGAAUAUUUCUGUGUGUGUAUGCUUACAAAUUAAUGACCCUCUGUAGGCUAUGAUCUAUCAAAAUAUAGAAAGAAGGCUGGUUUUCUUUUGGGUUUUUGUGCCUUUUUCCUUCAAACACGAUAGAUCUCUUCCCCUUUGUCCGUGUGUUUGU